GGAACGGUUGAUGGUCGCUUUCAAAAGUAGGUUAAGAAGCGAAAUAAAUGGAAAACGACACACCCUUUUUUGUCGGCUACAUAAACCCGUUUGAAAAUGAUCCAAGACAUCAGUUGUUUAACUAUUGAACAGUAGUCAACAUGAAACUCUUUGUCAUCGCCGCUGUUUUUGCUGUUGCUACUGCCGUUCCAUCCAGCUAUAAACCGGAAUACAAAACUUCCAGCUACUCUGCUCCUAGCUACAAUAAGGAUAACAAGUACGCCGACAUUACAGUCACUAGCCAAUCUGACGAGCGCAACAUCGAUGGAAGCAGCCAAUGGAACUACGCCCAGUCUGACUAUACGACACGCGAGGAGUCUCAAGUUCAAAAGAAAAUGCAAGGAGUUACCUACGACUCUUACGGCAAAGAAUCGUACGGUGAAGUCCUAGGCAACACCAACAAGGGAUCAUCUUACUGGGUUUCCCCUGAAGGUCAGAAAUUCACUUUGACCUGGACCGCUGAUGAUGCUGGAUUCCAGCCCAAAGGUGACCACUUGCCCGUCGCUCCCGUCCACGUCUACGAGCUCCCAGUUGCUCCUGUUCACGAUUACGAACUCCCAGUGGCACCUGCUCUUCCUUAUUCGCGAACUGGACUCGGCUAUUAAGAUAGAAAUGUAUCGUUAUUGAAAAAUGAAUGUACUAUGGAAGUUUAACUUACUGAUGUGAAAUAAACGUAUGAUACGUCUUUA